UUUGUAUUACUGUUUUAUAUUUUGAUUUGUUUACCCCGAACGACGUCGGGUUAGGGUUAUCACAGAAUCCAUGGUAGUCCGAGUUUUGGUAAAAUUUACGAAAACGCGAUGACUGAAUCCGAAUUGCUAAGAACGUGAUUCAGAGCGUAGCUAUUCGAAUUCAAUGAUAACAUCGGACUACGAUGGAUUCUGUGAUAGCCCUGAUUCCUUGACGAAUCUAUGAAUUUUACUUUAGUACCGAUUGUUGGUGGAUACAGUAUAUUUGCCCGAUCAGAUUCUAUUAAACAUGCCAAAGCGAAAGGAGCGAACGCAACUGGCGGUUACAUAUUUGAAGGUUUUCAUAAUUAUGGGCUCAGCGCGACACAAAUAGAUGCAUCUCAGUUAAUAACUGUGAUGACUCAUUGUUUGAAGGAACUACCUGCUGACAAACCAAAAAUGUUGCCUGGGGCAUACACACCACCAGUAAUAUUGGAACUAAUAUCUUUAGGAGUAGAUAUUUUCGACACGUCUUAUGCCUACUGUGCUACAACGAAUUUUAAAGCGUUCACAUUUAGUCUUGAUAUAACAGACGAAAACAGCGCAAUUAUGGAUCCAUUCUUGGACAUAACUAAUGAUGGUCUAAAGGAGGAUUUUACGCCAAUAUUAGCAAGUUGUUCUUGCCUAACUUGCAAGAAGCACACGCGUGCUUAUUUAUACCACCUGUAUAAAACCAAUGAGUUGCUUGGGCCAAUCUUAGCAAUGAUACACAACUUACACCACCUGAUACAGUUUUUCAAUAUCAUUCAUACGUGUAUUGCCGAAGACAAGCUGCCGGAAUUAAUUCAACACAUUAAAUUGCAGGGAUGUAAUAAUGCUAUAGAUUAUAGUAUUAAGCCAAAUGCUAAAACAAGCAAAAAUGAUAAGGGAAAAGGUUUUGCUAUUAUCAGGGACGGGCUGUAACUAAUUAUAUGUAAGAUUUGGAUUU